AUAGUGUCAUCGCUAGCUUCGAAGCAUCUCAAAGGAAAAAGGGCGAUAAUUCUGAUAAGAAAGUUGGCGUAGCCGGUUAGCGGAUUGUCACAUACAAAAUAGUUUGGAGAGCCCAAACUGAGGCGAACCAAUCACACAACAAUCCACGCCCACAAUGACCGCCAUGCGAUACAUGGGAUGGAUCACCGGCUGUUCCGUCCUAACGGCCUUUGUUUCAAUAAUUUGGCAGGCAUUCAUCGCCCUGCAGACGCUUAACAGGACGACUGUCCUGCUCACCGGGCUCCUGGCAAUCGAGGGAUCCCUGAAGCGGACCGCGUUGGAACCGGCACCCAAGGUAGCCAUCGGAUACGGAGCCUGCACAGACUUGCAGAUAAACGCCACUGAAUUUCUGGAUCGCUACUAUGGGCGCCGGAUUCCAGUCGCAGCAGCCACUACAGGAUCUCGGGCGGUCGUGAACAACGAGGACGAGCUCUUGCAGUCCUUUGCCUACUACUUUCAGAACGGCGCUGCAGCGGAGCGAGUGAUGGCAAACAGUACCCUCUUCACACAGCUUGUGGGCUACGCCAAGGUGAUGGACAAGGAGAGGAUCCAUUGGUACAUGGGUGGCAACGCCCCACUGAUGGCCGUGCGCUUUUUUAUGGAAGGAGCUCAAGUGCUACUGGGCGCACACAUGUCUAGAAAGCUGCGCCCACUGCUGCCAAAGGAGAUUCGUCUGGCUGGCGACGAGAUUCCAAACGAUGAUAUCCAUCUUAUUCUGGAGUACAAGGCUGGUGACAGAUGGGGCCCAUAUGUGGCACCUCGCGCCAAUCGCUACAUACUGCACAACGAUCGAAAUAAUCCGCAUCUGCGGGCCGUGGAGCAGUUGACGGAUGCUUUGAAGAUGUAUCAGCCACAGCUGUUGGUUGUCAGCGGGCUGCAAAUGAUGGACAUGUUCACCUUUAAGUCUGGUGAGCGCGAGGCGCGCCUGCAGCAAGUACAAAGGCAACUAACCAGCCAGCCUGAGGGCACUUUAAACCACUUCGAGAUGGCCUCUUACGUGGAGUUGCAGCUGCUGCAGCAGCUGCGACAUUUCGUACUGCCCUACGUAGAUUCCCUGGGAAUGAACGAACAGGAGCUCUCUAACCUGCAGCAGGUGAUUGCCCACGGACGGACAACCUUAGCCACCGACUGGAAUCCACGCAUAGCUCACACCCUUGACCAGAUGCGGCAGGUUUUCAUUAGUCUCCUUGAAGAUUACGACGACCGAAGAACAAGCGAUGCCAAGCGUCGCUCUAUCUCGCGGAUCCAUGUGCACACGUUGGCCUAUCAGGCGAUCCUUACCACAGCGGGCUCCAAGUGGAAAAACACACGUGCUGCCGCUGCAAAGGCAGCGCUCACUGCUCACCGAUACGUCUGCAAAUCCCAAUUUAUCAACCCGGAGUCAGUGCUGCAGGUUCUGGAUGACAGUUUCGCCACCUCGGCUCAGAAGGAUGCGCCGCGGAUGCGCAUUGGUGCAGCCAGUCCCGUGCCAUGUUGGCGGGAGUAUAUCCAGUACGGUCGUCAGCGGCAACGGCUAGAGGUGGAGAUCUGUGUGGCCCCGGUGCUGGUGUGUCGCGAAGCUAGAAAAACGGCUGGAGCUGGCGACAACAUCUCCGCAUCCGGACUGGCGGCACAGUUGUAGGAGUGGCGAUCGCGAUGGGACAGGCAAAGACUGCAUAGUAUUUUACUAGAAACCUGCAAUGAAAGACUCGAAUAGAAGGCCAGGACGUAACCCCGAUGCAUUCCCCCGCUGGAUGGACAUGGACUCGGCAUGUUUAGCACCUUAGUGACCUUAGAAACGCGUUACCUUCACACAAAUCUGACGAAUAUGCUCAACCGAUAGCACGAAGAAAGCAACGAAUCCCAUGCGACCACAUAUCCAGAUGAGUUUUAGGCGAAGAUGCUGAAUUCUGCAUAUGUAUUCCCGCUCGUCAUAAACGUAAAUUCCACGUGUUCAAAAUUAUUCCUAAUGCAACAGCAUCGAAUGUCACCUAGUCCUAAGUUAUGUUAGUCACUAAUUCUACGUUUUUUGACAUAUUUGAGCCAUUCCUACUUACAAUUUGUUUUGCGCACUUGGUUUCAAACGAAAAAGAAAAAUGCCUCAACGAAUUAAACAAGCGAUUCAGCACGGAAAGAUAGUUGUGACCUCAAGUUCCCUGCAUUUGUCUAAAUAUUUGAAUCCUCUUCCUUUGAAACAAAAAUGUUGUGAUAAUUGGACCUUAAAUGUUAUGUGCUUAAAUUUUGUUCUGUUACAAAUACAUUUGUAAUCUCAAGAAAUUCUAAAUCUCUUAUCUUAUUAUGAUUGUCUUAUUAUUAUUAUUAUGUGAAGUUUGUUUUGAAAGCCUUUGGAUUCAGCAAGCGAACUGCCUUUUCCACAACUGUCUUACAUCUGCGAAACGCUUUGUUUAAACACACAUUACACAUAUAUUUUUCUACACUUAAGUACACGCAUAUUAAACUGGCAGAUGUAGAAUAAAUUCCUGUUAAAAGCUUCA